CGCUAUAGCCGUGCAACACGCGCGCCGCUAUACACUCGUCGUCGUGUUCUCGUCCCGUGCAAACAUUCGUCCUUCCGCAUGAAAUAGGAUUGUUUAGAGUGUAAAAAUCAAAAUCAUUGUUACUCGAAAUCCAAAUCUAUUGGUUGAUGGUCACGGUGUUAUAUAACAACCACUUACCAAUUUUGAUUUUGUUACGGUAAGGGACGAGAUAAUAUUAAAACAUUAAUAACAAACYUAAUAUAACAAUUUUCGCGAUUCCGGAAUGUUUGUUACGUAYCCAUAAUUUUUGUGUCCAGUGCGUGAAAUCGUAUAUGGCCUACGGGGCCACGUAGACCGYGGCUGCAGCCCGUCUGUGGCGUCAGUGAUGGUCGUGGUGGCCACGUAAAGGUUACAUACAAUUUUAUUGUGAAUGGUUUGAAUGCCACAAUGCUUCAGAGAUCUCCAUCAUCAAGGAAGAGGCGUGCUGCCAACAAUGACUCUCGUCGAAYCAGUGUGGCGUUUAAUUUGGAAAAUCAGUCAACAAGACUUCCGGAAGGAGGAAGGCAACAGACGCAGCAGUCACCGCAACAUAGGAGAGCUAGUAUAGCAGCUACGUCACCUUCUGAUGGCUUCGAAAUGCGACAAAGGACUAGAGUAUCGCCGGAAGAGGAGUUUUUCGAAUAUACGCACAAACGAAGUCCCCGACCGAGUUUUGUGUCAGAAACUAAAGUACUGCAGUACAUUGAUAAAAGUCCUAGAAAUAGUUUGGUUCCGGAUAAUAUGUCAAGGAGUCCACGAACGAGUUUGGUACCGUCAGAUCAUCGAAAACCUCCUCGAUUAUUACCUGACGAACAACAAGACUCAUAUGCACGGUCUAGUCCUUCAAGGCUUGAGGUCGAUGUCAAUCGGAGUCCUAGGCAUAGUCUUACAUGUGAGCAUCCAGAUCCGAGAAGCCCUAGAAGUCCAAGAGGUAGUAUGGUUCCAGAAGAUGAUUAUUCGGAAUUACGGUCAGGGCUGCGAUUGGACGUGGAGAGUUUUAACAGAAGCUCAAGAUCAAGUACUGCUGGCUUAGAUCCAUCUAGAAGUCCAAAAAAUAGUUUAGUACCGGACCCUAGUCGAUCACCUAGAGGAAGUAUUGCUUAUGAUUUAAAUCGAAGUCCCCGAGGUAGUUUGGCAGUAACACCUGAUGCCAACCGGAGUCCUAGAGGUAGCUUGAUACCAGACCCUGGGAAAAGUCCAAGAGGGAGUGUAGUAUCAGAAGGUGCGUAUAACAUGAGUCGGUCAGCAAGAAGCAGCAUACCCAUGGCCGAAUCAGCUUCUUUGGGAAGAACGCCAAGAGGAAGCAUAGGCUCAGUGUCUUGUGUCCAUUUUGAUCCGCAGUUAAAAUCAACUAGGAAUUCAAUUGAACCGGGAAAUGGAUCUCCAAAAGGAACACUUAAAGACACUCAAAAAAGUUCGUCACCGUAUAAGAACUCACAAUAUACACAAAAACAGAUUUUUCCCGACGAAUCAAGAAGAGCUAGUAGUAGCGUUAGUCAAGUUUCCGGUGACGAAAGGAAACGAUUGUGUGAGCAUGUUAAGCCUUGCGACAGUGGCCUAACUGCCUAUGGUUCGUUGACAUAUCAAUUGAACCAUGCCAAUAUGGAGUCGACAGGCAUAUUCGAUUUUAUCAUAAAAGCACUGAGUAUUAUUCAUAGAACAGUAAUAAUGACGGUUAUCUUGUCCAUUUUCACGGUGGUGCCAUUAAUUAUGUUCGUCGUUGGCGUGGAAUUUGUGCGGGACUGUCCACGGGAACCGCACAUACCGGUGUACAUGAUCGUGGGCGGCAUAUUCGGCAUGAUCAAAAUGGUGUGGUUGCUGUGCCGGCAGGUCAAGUCGCUGCGGUACAACAAGCGCAGUCGACCGGACAUGAGUACGCGGGAGGACAUGGUGUCGUCCAUGGGGUCGCGCAUAGCGUCCGUCGGGCUGGCCGCGUUCCUGGCCGGUUGGUUCGCGCUGGGCAACUACUGGAUACUGUCCGUGUACUGGCCCGACUCGGAGCCGUCGUCGCUGUACGAACCGAACGUGUGGUGCAACCGGACGCUGUACGUCACCAGCCUCGUGCAUCUGGCGCUCGUGUACGCGGCCGGCGCCGUAGUGCUCGCCGCCGUCGUGGCCGUACUGGUGUUCCAGCAGUGCGCGCUCCGGUUCAAAUAGCAUACGGCCACCACGGCGCUGUGUGGUUGUGCCCACGGCCACCAUGGCAGCCGCCGCAUGACUAUCACCAGCAUACUGCCGUACAGCGCCAUACACAUCAGCGUCACACAACCCGUCGACGGCGGUGGAUGUGACGUGGCCUUGUAGACGUGUUGACCGCCACGAUGAGCCACCCUUACCCCGACCAUUCUUCAGCCCCAAUUCCCUCCCCCAACGUCUAUCCCCAGCGCAAAGACCCAAUGCAAUGCCUCGGACGACGGUCGUCUACAAAGGCGGUUGUGACUUGUUGCAGUCGAACACAUGUGCAUCUAGCUGACCGUGGCCACAAUGUAAGUAGGAACUCGACGUGCAACAUUUGAAUGCAUUUGCCGUUUUAAAAUACAAUAAUUUGGUUUUUUUUUCUCAACAUUAGGUUAGACCAAAUCCAACCAAAUCUAACAAUGAAUUCUAAUAAUAUACAUCUAUAGUCAUUAUUAACGAGUGACAAGUAACCACAUUGUAUUGAUAAUCGAUAUUUAUUAAUUACGGUUAUAUGUAUAUAGAUAAUAGAUGUAUUAUAAAAUUAUUUUAAAAGUAUAUUAUUUCGCCUUAAAUACCUACAGUGUAAAACGCAGAACUCUCGUUUACGGCUGGGGUGGUGAUGAUCUUCCAUCAUGAUCAUAUCAUAAUUUGCAGCGUUAUGGUAAAGUUAUAAGGAACACCAACUCUUAAUCGAAUAGAUCAUGGAUAAGAUAUCUAAAAAAUAUUAUWAUAACAUACCUACUACGUUGUGCGUAUAAUAUAGCGUUUGCCUAUAAGUGGUAAAAUCACUCUUAUCAGUGUCAUUUGUAUUCAACAUAUUACGAUCGUUGCGUUACGCAAGGUUAUUUCGUUCGCAUUCAUAUUGUUAGUUACCURCCUAAGUACAGCAUUUGUUUCAUGUGCACUAUAGUUCCCAUAUGCCGUCGAAUUGUUUCGAUCAUUGUCAAAUUUUACCGUUAUGUUAUACCACAGAUACGAAACCACGUAGACGCAUAGGAAUAAUAAUUUAUAACUUAUCAUUUAUAAUUUAUGAGCGCAUUAUAGAAUAUUUAUAGCGUAUGUCUCACCGUGGUUGUUCCCGUAGAUAACAUCUCUUUUCCUAAUUUAWAUUUUUGAAUUAUGAUUUUGAACUGUUAUUAUUGCAUUACUGAGUUACAGCUAUCAUAAUUUCUUAUAUUUGUACUGUAUUUUUAAACUUUAGAAACCGUGUUUCGUAAAAGUUGACUGUAAAUAUUUUAAAAGUAGAAUUACUAAUUUUCAUUCUUUAAACAUUUGAAAUAGUUAAGAGAGUUUYAAAGUUAAUACAUGCGGUGUGUAGAGGAGUAUAAUGUAUUGUUGUAUGGUGGGUAAUACAUAUAAGAUACAAAUAAAAACGGUGUGAUACCCUGUGAAACUUUAAGUGUAAUUUAACGAAUAUAAGUCACUAUAAACGUUUUACAUUCCUUCCCUCAGAACGAUUUUUUUUAAUCCAAAACCGUAUAAUAAUAUACCUAUCCCCGAUUCCCAGCCUGUUUCACAAUUCACGGGUGAACGCUCACCGAGAAAACUAACUUCUUAUUAUUCCUACAUCGAACGUUAGUGUACCUAUCAUUGUGUUUAAAUGCAUCAUGAGCUCAUAUAUACAUAUGAUAUUUUGUUAGCUGUUCUCCUUCGUUUUCGCUCUAUUAUUGUUAUUAUUAUUUUUGUCUUAGAAAUUCACUUUUUAAURAUUGAAGUAGUUUCGUCUCUUAUGAAAUCUUUGUUCUCUGCUUCACUUAAAAGUUUGGUGCCCAAUACACGUUUAACGAAUUGAAACACUUAAAAUAUUUGAAUGCGUUUCGUAGAUCAACCGAC